AUGUCUAAAACUGCUGCUGCACAUGAUGCUUCUUGCAUCUUCUGUAAGAUUAUCAAGGGUGAGAUUCCCUCAUUUAAAUUGUAUGAAACUGCUCAUGUUUAUACCUUCUUAGAUAUUCAACCCACAGCUGCAGGUCAUACUUUAAUCAUCCCAAAAUAUCAUGGUGCAAAAUUAACAGAUAUUCCAGAUGAGUACCUACAAGACGUCCUACCAGUGACUAAAAAAUUGGUAAAACUUCUUCAAUUAGACGUUGAGGGCCAAGAUGGUAUUGGUUACAAUUUACUGCAAAACAAUGGUAAGAUCGCUCACCAAGAGGUUCCACAUGUUCACUUCCAUUUAAUUCCAAAGAGAGAUGCUAAAACUGGUCUAGGUGUUGAAUGGCCUGCCGCAGAACCAGAUUUUGAAACCCUUGGUAAAUUGCACAAGGAACUACUCGCCAAAUUGGAAAAUGCGGAAUAA